CCACUUUCGUUUUGCUGUCUUGUAACCGUCUUUUGGUCUUUCUUAUUUCUUGCGCUUGUAGAUUCUGCAUAUUAUCUCGAAGGAAUGUAAUAUUUUCUUAAUAUAGAUAAAGCAGCAGCAACUAUCGUCUGUCAAAUAGAGCUAGAAUAGUUGUAUGUUAUAAGAGAAGAACUACAAUUACGAUACUGCAAGUUUUCUGAAGUUACGGUGAUAGUAGCCAGCUAUCGUUCUGGCUGUGUGUGGACUGCCAAUGGCGUGUGCAGAGACAUCAGAUUACAGAGUAGGAGAGGUCCUGCUGAAUAGAGUGAUGCAGGAGCAGCUGGAUGAGUUGCCAUCAGACAUCCCGGUAGUGGUCUCCACAAAAGCCCAGGAGGUGGAGAGUGAUCAGGAGCAGAAGAUUGUGUCACAGCUAGCUGUGAUGAUACGGACCAUCGGAGACGCCGUCAAGAAGGACGGGAAGCUGGACGAUGCGAUAGAUGGAAUGGUGGGGAAAAUGACCAGCCAGACCAGCUACUGGAAGUUGGUAGAAAAGGUAUUUGAGGACAGUCAAAUCACCUGGGAGAGAAUUGCUGUGCUGUUUUACGUAGCAGGGAGGAUAGCCGUCAAGGUGGUGAUUGCUAACAUCCCCCAGUUAGUGAAGGACAUACUGAAGUGGACUCUGGACUACUUCAGAAGAGAAUUACUGGAUUGGAUCCAGAAACAUGGAGGAUGGAUGAACAGUUUUGCUGAGCUGGCACGUGUGCAGGUGGAGAAGGUGUCCCCUAUAAUCUCCUGGUCCUCAGCGUUCAUCCUGGUCUUCCUCGGAGGUGUCAUACUGGGUAGUGUUAUCAGCUGGAAACUGGCCAGGAGCACCUGACACACACACACAGUUCCACUCCGGUUCAAACGCAAUUGUGUGACAUGACACGCAAACACGUGGGCGUGCACACACACACACACACACACACAAAUACAUGUGUUUACGUAGUCUAUGUAUAAUUAGUUACCUACCUUCUGGUUUGCUCAGGUUAAAUAAGAUGACCAUGAUGCUGCUGAAAGUGGUGUUUGAGAGUAGGAGCCAAUCUUUUCUCUGGUAAAAACAAAAAAGAAGAAAAAAGAGAGAUCCCAGUGCAAAGAUUGGGGGCAUUCCCCCGUGUAGGGUGCUGUCUUUUGGAUUGGACAUUAAAACAUGUCCUGACUCUCUGCGGUCAGUAAAGAUCCCAUGGCACAUAUUGUAAGAGUAGGGGUGUUAACCCUGAUGUCCUGGCUAAAUUCCCAAUCUGGUCGUCAUACCAUCACGGUAUAAAAAAAAUCUAAAAGAAUAAUACCACUUUUUAAAUUAUGGGGUAUUGUGUGUGGAUCAGUGACACAAAUUCUCAAAGUAAUCCAUUUUUAAAUUCAGGCUGUAUCACAAAGGAGUGUGAAUACGUUCUGAAGGCACUGUAUAUAUUGACCUACAGUAAUGAAACCAAAGUGUUGGGGCAGAGCUCAGUACAUUUUGUCUCACUACCCUUACGGGGAAAAAAACAUGAAUUUGACGUGAUCACGUGUUUAACAUGUGAUCUUAUGGGAAGUUAAUGUGAUAACGUGACUACAUGUUAAAGCAACACGUUGAUAUUUUGCAAUUUCAUAUCACAAGUGAUACUAUGAAACUACACCUCGCAACAUUUGAAAGUCUUUCACAUGUGAAACUGCAAUUCACAUGUGAGGUGAAAACAUGAUAUUCUCACAUAUGAAAGGGUGGCGUGAACUCUAUUGAAUUACAUGUGAACAAAUGGUUUCACAUGAGAACAACUGAGCUCGCAUGUCUGUUUUGUUUUCAAAUGUGAACAUUUCAGCUCAACGUGUGAACAGUUAUUUCACGUGUAAAUAUGAUUUCAAAUGUGAAAAUGUGAUUUUCACAUGUGAAACUGCAACAAAAAUGUAUAUCAUAUGAGGUGUUCCAAAACCACGUGGUUUCACAUGUGAAAUCAAAUGUUAUAUGUGCAAAAUCUGGAAAUGUCACAUGUGAAAUCAUGUGUUUCUGUCCUUAAGGGUAUAUCAUCAUGUUUGUUGGUAUCCUGCUAGACCAGGGUAUCUGUGCCUGAAAUGAGAAACCAGUGUAAUGAGAAACCAGUGUAAGCAUAACAGACAGCCAAGCAUCAUGUUAUGUGAUUGGUUUUAACAGAAAGGUCAUUUUUCAAUACUAUAUUAUACAGAAAUAACACAUGAAUACCGAUUGAAUCUUUUUUAAGUUUAUGAAAAUGUAUGAAACAUGUAUUUUGAUAACAACAACAAAAAACGUCUGGGACGUUUGACUUGAAUGUAAUGUAUUAAAUGGGACAUUUUAUUAGGAUAAACAAAAUAAAUAUGAGUUGACCAUGUUUAUUCUGCAAUAAUCAUGUUAACUAUUACCCCUAAAAGUCCUCAACAUGAGUCAGUCAGUCAGCUCCAUAAUAUCCGUCGUGAUAGUAAUUGUUAGCUAAAUGUACAAAAAAAAUGCACAGGACACAAAUAGAAAAUUUUGGCAUAAGCUUUUAAUAUUUUUAUAGCGUUUUUGACGUUUUCUCUUUAAAUUGGAUUUGUUUUUUCCAGUUAAUUUUGUGGGUAUUUCGUUUUUAUUAUUCUUGUUUUAUUUUCCUAUCUGUAAUGGAGAAGAGUUUGUUUAAUUAGCAUUCACUUUCAAACUUUCAUACUUUUAACAAUAGAACUGUGUUUAAGUCUCUUUUUUUUCACAAACUUGGUUAAAUUAUUACUGUUUAUUCAUAUUUUUUCUUUACACAUUUCAAAAAUAUAAAAGGUAAAUAAUAAACAUUCCAUUGAAAUAUA